AAAGUCAGAAUCAGGAAGAAAGUCAAAAAUACAAGAAAAAAAGUCAAAAAUAACAAGAAAAAGUCAAAGUCACAAGAAAAAAAGCCAAAAUGGAAAAAAGAAAAAAGUCGAAAUCACGGAAAAAGUCAAAUGAGAAGUAUGAGAAUAUUUUCGCUGCUUUACCUUGUUGCCAGACAGCCCUUUCUAGUGAGGAACAUCAUUUUCACGCCCUGUGUUGUGAUGAACUCAAAUUGCAGCACUAGUUAUGGUGUGUUCUUGAGAACGGAUGCAUCAUGAAGUGAUUGAGGAGAACAUGAGUUGUCUCUCCGUGGCCCAGCUGCUGACUGCUCUGUCUGGUGUCUCAGGUGAUGGAAAGUGAAGAGUUCAUGCUGCUGCCUGCCAACCAGCUGAUAGACAUCAUCUCCAGCGAUGAGCUGAAUGUGCGGAGCGAGGAGCAGGUUUUCAACGCCGUGAUGGCCUGGGUGAAGUACAGCAUCCAGGAACGCAGACCACAGCUGCCUCAGGUCCUGCAACAUGUCCGUCUGCCGCUGCUCAGCCCAAAGUUCCUGGUGGGCACUGUGGGCUCAGACCCUCUGAUAAAGAGUGACGAGGAGUGCAGAGACUUGGUCGAUGAGGCCAAGAAUUACCUCCUGUUGCCCCAGGAGAGGCCCCUGAUGCAGGGCCCCAGAACCAGGCCCAGGAAGCCCAUCCGCUGUGGAGAGGUGCUUUUUGCAGUUGGCGGUUGGUGCAGCGGUGACGCCAUUUCCAGCGUGGAGCGAUAUGAUCCCCAGACCAACGAGUGGCGGAUGGUGGCGUCGAUGAGUAAGCGGCGGUGUGGAGUGGGUGUCAGCGUUCUGGAUGACCUGCUGUACGCGGUGGGAGGUCACGACGGCUCGUCCUACCUCAACUCUGUGGAGAGAUAUGAUCCAAAGACCAACCAGUGGAGCAGCGACGUGGCCCCCACCAGCACCUGUCGUACCAGUGUAGGCGUGGCGGUCCUCGGAGGUUACCUGUACGCUGUCGGAGGACAGGACGGGGUCUCCUGUCUCAACAUUGUAGAAAGCCCGUCGUUAUGCUGCAGGUAUGAUCCUAAGGAGAACAAAUGGACCCGUGUGGCCUCCAUGAGCACCAGGCGGCUGGGUGUAGCUGUGGCGGUGCUGGGGGGCUUCCUGUACGCUGUAGGAGGCUCUGACGGGACGUCACCGUUAAAUACAGUGGAACGCUACAACCCUCAGGAGAACCGCUGGCACACGGUGUCUCCGAUGGGAACCAGGAGGAAGCACCUGGGCUGUGCCGUCUACCAGGACAUGAUCUACUCUGUUGGAGGACGAGACGACACCACGGAGCUGAGCAGCGCAGAGCGAUACAACCCCCGGACCAACCAGUGGUCUCCUGUCGUCGCCAUGACGUCCAGACGGAGCGGGGUGGGCCUGGCGGUAGUAAACGGUCAGCUGAUGGCAGUCGGAGGCUUCGAUGGGACGACGUAUCUCAAAACUAUAGAAGUCUACGACCCUGAUGCCAACACAUGGAGGUUGUAUGGAGGGAUGAACUACCGCCGGCUAGGUGGGGGGGUGGGCGUCAUUAAAAUGACUCACUGUGAAUCCCACAUAUGGUAACAACAACCCCCCCUCCACACACACACACAUACACACACAUACACACACUCACACACUUGUCAUCACGUUGCUAUGGAUGCCUCUUUCACCAACCCUCGUGCCUCCUAAAGAGACGCUGCAUUGAUGCGAGGAUGAGACGGAGGUGGGGGGAGACGAGACGGAGAGAGGAAAAAAAAAAGACUUUGAACUCUAAUUCAUCCCCCGACCCACUGAGCUCAUUA